UCGAAAACAUGGAGUCUUGGGUGAUUCCGGACUUUGGGGCAAGCCGAAGCCGAAGUCAAGGCUUCCGUUCCGAACUUCGGAGACGCACUUCUCUCUCUUCCAUCGCGACGGUAAACACGAUGAUCCGAGUUCAUGACAUCGAACGCUCUUCUGGCUCCACACCUGCUGCUAAGCGUCAAAAGAUAGCGAUUGCUUGUGACGCUUGCAGGAAACGCAAGAUUCGAUGCGAUGGCAAGGCACCAGUGUGUACUCAAUGCGUGAGCGGAAGGAAAGUGUAUACGUGCACAUACGAGCGGAAGCCUAGCGAGAGGCAGCAAGAAACUUCGCAGGAGCUGGAGAACAGCCUCGCACAAGAUGGCAUGUUGAGAACAUAUGCUGCGACUACAGUUCAUACCGGACUAGGUGGCAUACCUGGAGCGAACAAUGGUGGUUCACGUCCAACAGUAGCUUCGGACGAGCCUCAGAGUGUGGUCUUUGGCGAAUCUGCAUCCACGACCUUUUCAAAUCGGGUGUCUCAACAUCAACAACAUCCUCAGCAAGGUUUCGACUUCAACGGGACGAACAAAGGACCCUUCAAACUCGACGGCUCUGCUGACAAAGCAGGAGUAUUGCCUCGUCGUCGUGUUGCAGACGAGAUGAUCGAUCAUUACUGGGAUUUUGUGCAUCCUCUGUUUCCAAUACUACAUCAGCCCACCUUCAUGGCCGCUUACGAAAAGUCGUGGACCUCGCAGCCGAACCACGGCACAAGAAUGAAUGAAGGCCGUCAAGAGUUCGAGGAAGCCCUGUUCUUCUCGACUUUGAACGUCAUGUUUGCGCUUGGAACCCGAUUCUGCGAGUCCGCAACAGUAGCGGACAAGGGUGACAUGGCCAAAGAGUUUUACAACAGGUCGAGACAGACCUUUGCGUAUGAUCUCCUCGACUGUGCUUCUUUGCCGGUUUUGCAGAUGGUGGUACUUCAGGGUAUUUAUCUGCAGUCCACGACCGAGGUUUCGAGAUGCUGGAAUGUCAUCGGUGUUGCUACUCGGAUGGCUCAGAGUCUAGGGCUGCACUCCGAGCAAACAUAUCAACGACAAAAGGUACGAUAUGUUCGUGAGAUGGGAAGGAGGCUCUGGCAUGCUUGUAUUGUUCUGGAUAGACUAGCCGCCGCUACCUUCGGAUGGCCAAUGAUGGUUCAUAGUGACCACAGUGUAUCACUGCCUGUAGUUGGUGAUGAUGCUCUGAGACAACAGGGUGGGGAGCUCCCGGCCUCGAGAGAACCGACCCAUGGUCUCCAUAUCUUUAGAUACGCUUGCGAGCUGUUUGGCAUCGUCGGAGACAUAUUAUCAACUCUCUAUUGCAACAAUGGCGCACUACUACCGGCAAGUGCGGACCUUCAUCAGCGCUCUCGCACUUUGUCACAAAUCAUGGGUUUGAACGGUCAGCUGGAAGCAUAUCUGAUCACGAUACCUGAUUUCCUUCGCAUCGGCAUUGACGGACCUGAGCAAGUUGAUCUAGAUGAUCUAUCAAAACCCAUGCUUGCCAUUCAACAAGCCAUCUCCUGCAGGUAUCAUUAUGCGUCAUUUCUGUUCUAUGACGCAGACAUGACAGAGGAGGAAGGAGUUUUGUCUCCUAACGACAAACUGACUAUUCACACCGUGGAAAAAUCUGCCGCGACCAGCUUCCGUCUCCUAGAAAUACUACAUGGCGGUCUUGCCUCCCCACUUUACAUAGCCGAUUGGCAUAUCGUAUACAUGACCUUCACGGCCGCCACUUCUCUGCUGGCCAUCAAGAGGUGUGCUUCCGCGCAAACACAAAAGUUACAUGAAGCCAUCGACAACAAGAUCAAGUGGUCGCACCAUAUCCUCCACUACAUCGGACUGACAAUGCCCAUCUCGCUACAAGCCCUGCACUCCUUGCAAGCUCUUGAUAGCCAUGUUGCUGUGGAAAUUGCUCCCAAGACUCAAGAUUCAGUCGUGGGUACUGUGGUGCCUACUGUAGAGCGAGAUAUUGGAGAUAGCACGCUGGUGGGCUUUGGAGAAAUGGACGAUUUCGAUUGGUUGGCGAAUCCGAGUGUGCUGCUUAGUAGGCAGUCGCCUGGGUUUGACUGGGAUUGGCUAGAGGUUUCGGAUUCGUGGCUGAGC